AUGACGAUCUUGGUUGCGGUGGACUUCGGCGCGACGUUUUCCACCGUCGCCUUCGCCUUCGCAAACGCAAACGUGGUAGAGAUCGUCACCGACUGGGGCAGCGGACGUAGCGAAGAACACGUGCCAAGUGUUCUCAAGCGCAGCUACGGUGAUUCCUUCAACUAUGGCUUCCAAGCCCACAACAAUGGGAGACAAGGAGAGCCCAUUUGCGAAUGGUUCAAGCUCGGCCUCUGCCCCGAGGUCGAGGGGGAGCGGGCCGUCAAAGGCCCCCCGCUGCACCAAGACGUCCUCCCAGCCGCCUUGAAUCCGGUCAAGGGCAGAGAGUGCAAAAAGCUGGUCACCGAGUACUUGAAACAUCUUCACGGAGCGACGGAAAAUUAUCUCGGAAAGACGUACGACAGCAACAUCUGCGGGCUCCCCCGCGAGUACAUCGUCACUGUGCCCGCCAUGUGGAGCGAGAGAGCCAGGCAGGCCACCAGUGACUGCGCAGCAAAGGCUCUGCAGACGGACCCCAACAAGAUUCAGAUCGUUGUGGACUCCAAGGCGGCUGGUUUAUGCGCCUUGGCCAACAUGCCCCAGGUCGGACUCGAGGAAGGAGACACCUUCGUCAUCUGCGAUGCGGGCGGAAUUACCGUCGAUCUGGCGUCCUACACGAUCAAGGCCCUGAGCCCACACAUCCAGCUAGACAAGUCCUCGGACCCGUGGGGCGGGCUCUGUGGGAGCGUCUUUCUCGACAUGACCUUCGUCCACUAUAUCCAAAAGGAGCUGGACGGCUAUGUCCCCAACUGGGAGGACAAGAAGAAUCAAAAAUGGCUCAACUCCAUGCGGGAGCAAUUUGAGACCCGGAUCAAGAAGGACUUCACAGGCGAGGGCCCCGACGACCAAGUGUACCAGAUGGACGCAUUCGAGCGCCGUGACAGUUCCAAGCAUGGCAUCAAGGACAAUAUCCUCGAGAUCUCAGCCACGGCUAUCCGAGAGCAUGUCUUUGACCCUGUUAUCCGGGAAGUCACAUACCUAGUCCACAACUACCUCGACGCUGUUACCGGAGGUGUAAAGGUGGUGCUGCUGGCCGGCGGAUUUGGGCAGAAUCGAUAUCUGAAAAAAAGCCUACAGUUGGCUCUCUCCUACAGGGUCAAAGUUUACGAGAUUGAAAAGAGCCAAACUGCCAUCAACAAGCCUAUAGAAUACGGAGUGCCCGAGAAGUUGGCACUCACCUUCGAGACGGACGAUUCCAAGGUUCGGCGGUCGGCGGUCAUUCAGUGCAAGGUCUGCGGCUUUAAUGGCGAUCCUCCGCCGUUUUAUCCACACACACCCCGGUACCCCAACCCACACAUUAUCCCUCUGGCAACACUUAAAAUCAAGCUCGAUAGAAACGAGCUGGCCGGCAUGCCUGACAAUGACAUAGACGUUGACGGGAUCCGCAGAUACAAGGUCGACUUCGAUGUCCACGUGACCUUGUCCUCGGCCAAGAUGACGUUUGUUCUCUGUCGAGGGGAGAAGAAAUACGAGCCCAAGGAUGUACCCUUAUACCCCUUUGGAUAUUAUGGACCUAGCUGA